AUGAGCUAUGAGACAGCCGACUCACAGAAGGAGGAAUUCCGCAAGUAUUUGGAGAAAAACGGCAUAAUAUCUCAACUCACUCGCGUGCUCGUGGGCUUGUAUGAGGAGCCUGAGCGGCCUGCAAAUGCAAUCGACUACAUCAAGAAAUACCUCGGAGCUCCAACAGGCGUUGACGUUGAGGAGACCGCCCGAUCACAAUUCACAGAGUCAUGUCAAGUUGUUCAACAUCCGGCUUUUGGGUCAGGAUUCUGUAACGAAAGCCUUGGGGCGAAUAUGUCCUUCUUCUGUUUUGAAGUAUGGUUGCGCUACACGUGA